CUCGUUCGCAGGCAGUCUGACCUGGCCUGGCUGGAGACAAGGCUAGGCAAUAGUGAAAAAUAAACCGCGCGCUGCUGCGCGUCUUAUCCGCAUACGGGGUAAAGGUCAUGCCCUUCCACGUGCGUGUGUACUAAAAAUGGCCGACGACGUAUUUGAGGACCGUAGUCCCACCGGAGCCAGUUCAUACCGAGAACCUGCAGCAGCUCGGAGCUAUGCUGGUCACCAGAAAGGGCGAUCACAGUGGAGUCCAUCUAGAGAAGGUGUUCCUGAAGUACCGAGUGAACCUCCUUUCGUAGCGUUUGUGGGAAACUUGCCACCUCAAACUGUCCAGGGAGACCUCGAUGCUAUAUUUCAUGAUGUGCAGGUAAAGACAGUUCGACUGGUUCGAGACCGAGAAACAGAUAGGUUUAAAGAAGGAUUCUAGCGCUACAGGCUCCAAGGCAGUUAAAGACCGAUACCAACAGACUUAGUGCAACAGAUAAAUAUAAAGCGAGAUUCCUGAAACUGCUCUGUUAAGUAUUUAUGUCGUAAACCACAAGUGAAAAAGAUGUAGCAAGGCUUGGCUCAAUUGCUUUUUGCCCAUUCAUUGCACUAUGCAGGCAUGAAUGUAAUUUGAAGAAGAGUAUCCAGUCUAACUAGCAUUACCACAAACUGCCUGCUAAAGUAGCUAGCGUGUGUUAAAGUGACAAGAACAACACUGAGUACGUGUUCCAAUGCCAUGACCGGUACUUCAUGCGUAUGCGUGUUGUAGGUAAGAGGAAAUAGGCACUGCUAUUGUGCCGAGGGUUUUACACAUUAGUGCAUAAUACGUGAGUAAUGAAAUUUGUACGAAGCUCCAUUCAUCUUUGCCCGCCAUAUAGUAUAUACACAAUAGCAUUUAGUUGGUUCCUAUCUGAAGAAUGUUGGAUAUCACUGGGCAGGCAGAAAAGAGAAAGAACCGACUUUUUUUCCUCAACUCAAGGUUUUUGCUAUGUAGAGUUUGAAGAUCGGUUAUCAUUGGUGCAUGCACUGGAGUUUAAUGGUGCGG